GUCUCUUUUUGUGCUUCAGUGCGUAUUUGGCUGUUAUUGUGUACGAACAUAUUUCGUGCUGAAGUUAAUUUUUCAAUCUGAAGUGAUGUGUACAGUUCAGCAUUUUAUUGCAUUUUAGACCAAGAAAUUACUUGUUUCAUUUGCUUAAAUAAUUUAAACCGAUUUUUUUUUCACUUUCCUAUUCGCUCAUCAAAGAUUUAAAAUCAUUUGUGUACGAAAAGUGUUCAUAUUUACGAAGCCAUACACCAAAUUCCACAGUCAUAAGUGUGAUAAUUUUCACUGCCAGCUCAGCUGUCGCUUUCAAGUGAUAAUAAUUAGUAACUACUCACCAGAUAUUUAAAUAGGAGUCAUAACAAACAUGCAAAAUGUUCCAUUUUUGAACUAAUUUCAUUUGCAAAAGAAGCAAAUAUUUCGAAAAAAAAACGAACUCUCAUUGUUGAUCAGUCAUUUUCGAGACGUUUUCAAAGAGCUGAAUCUCAAAGGCUUCAAUCGCUCAAUCAUUUCAAGAAAAAAAAACUCUCAAAAAUCGUAUCAUUAAAAUGGUGACUUUUUGCGAACUAAUGAAUAACCAACCGCCGAUUGAUGUGGAGACUGAAUGCCAGGAAUUCAAUAAUAGCAUUGUAAGUGUGCGCAACAUACUAAUCAAAAGUGCUACGGCCGUUAAUACGUACAAACAUUUAUUUCCACGCAAAAUUUGUGAGCGUAACGAAUUUUUACGACAAUCUCAAGAAUUGAGUGUUAUAUCACCGAAUACACCUGAAAUCGAAUUGCAGCAAAAAUUAUUUUGUGAUAGUGCGACUAGCAUUUGGUUACACAUUAAUGAAGAGUGCAGCAAUAUUUUGGGUCCAAUUAAAAAUGCCACUGAUUUGAUAAACAAUGCACAACACUUUCUCCUUGAAAAUCGAUUGGGCAAAUGGAAACGUGAUCAAGUUUUAGCUGGGUAUGGCGAUUCAGGAGCGAAAUCAUCAAAUCUGCACGACAAUAAUCCACAUCUCAAAACUGCGUUGGAUGAAAUUCAAGCACAGUUUGAGGAUUUGUUCGAAUGUGUUUGGACUACACGUAUAUUGUUAAAGGCCAUUCAAGAUUGUCAUGAUCAAUGGCAAUGCAGCGACCCUCUUGAGGCGAAAUUAGCUAGUGAUAUCACAAUUAUUCAACAAAAAUUGAUUUGCUCAAGCUUUGUGGUCGAAGAACAACCGCAGGUCAUUCAUUUCGAUGCAAAAUUUCAGGCCACUGUACGUCUACUUUUGCCGAAAUUUGUUACAGUCGAUCCCAAUAUAUCAUCUGUAUCUGCCUGUCUUCUAUCGGCAACUCAAGUUCAACGACAACAGGAACAAUGGGCACCAUUAAAUGAGAAUUCGGGUGGAAUCGCGAUGAAGAUGAAUUUCGGUUUUAGCAUAUUACAACAAAACCGUUUAAUAUGCGAUUUAAGGCAUAUGAAGCUGAAGAAUAUUGACCGACCUCCAAAGGGGGCCAAUGAAAGUGUGAUGGAUGAGAAAUUUGCUAUAUUAUUUGAAUGCAAACUACUAAUCAAAAACACUCCAUUUAAUAUAUGGACCACGUCACUUCCAGUUACAGUCGCAACGAAUGUAAGUCAAGAUU